AUGGCGGAGGAAGAACAGGUGUUCGACUUUGGAACCAAAAAGAAGAAAAAGAGCAAGGAGAAGAAGGAAAAGGCUGACAAAGAUGAUGAACCACAGGAGGAAGUGAAACUUCAAGGUGUUGAUGACUGGACCCCCGGUCCCAUGAAGCCUUACGAAGAUCUCUUGGCGAGGCUGUACAAGAUCAUUGAGGAGCACAACCCAACAGUAGGCAACAAGGAGCGUUACGUACUUAAGCCUCCGCAGGUUGUCCGUGUGGGCUCCAAAAAGGUUGCCUGGGUGAACUUCUCAGAGAUUUGCAGCAUGAUGAAGCGCCCGGUGGACCACGUCCAGCAGUUCGUCCUGGCGGAGUUCGGCACCGAAGGCGCCAUCGCGGGCACCGCCACGGCGCGCGCGGAGGGACAGGGACAGGAUGGACAGCUGGUGCUGAAGGGACGCUAUCAGCCCAAGCAUUGCGAAAGCUUGUUGCGCAAGUACAUCAAGGAGUAUGUGACCUGCGAGAUGUGCAAGUCCGCUGCGACCCUUCUCCGAAAAGACCCUUCGACACGACUGACCAUGGUCGAGUGUUCAAAAUGUGGAGCCUCUAGAACAGCAGCUUCCAUCAAGGCAGGUUUCCAUGCUGUGACUCGUGGUGACCGUAAAGCAGCCAAGCAAGCCAAAUAG